GGUGUGAACGUUGAAGUUGCAUUCAUUCCCAGUGUUUCGAUUCUUCUUCCCAAAACCAAACCUAAUCUAAUCGAUCUCCUCUCUCGAACAUUCUCAGAAAAAGACGAGAAGAGCACAAGACCUCCUCUUCGGUAUAUUCUCCUCCUCUUUUUCGUAGGAAGACAACAAUGUCAGUUCUUAUUGUGACUAGUCUUGGGGACAUUGUCAUUGAUUUGCACUCCUCUAAAUGCCCUUUGACUUGCAAGAACUUCCUCAAGCUCUGCAAGAUCAAGUACUACAAUGGGUGCCUCUUCCACACUGUGCAAAAGGAUUUCACUGCCCAAACCGGUGAUCCUACUGGUACUGGACUUGGCGGUGAUUCCAUCUACAAAUUUCUGUAUGGUGAGCAGGCUCGCUUUUUCGGAGAUGAGAUUCAUCUCGAUUUAAAACACUCCAAAACUGGCACUGUUGCUAUGGCUAGUGCUGGAGAAAAUCUCAAUGCUUCCCAGUUUUAUUUCACACUUCGUGAUGAUCUAGACUAUCUUGAUGGAAAGCACACUGUGUUUGGGGAGAUUGCUGAGGGGCUUGACACUUUGACUAGGAUAAACGAAGCUUAUGUUGAUGCCAAAAACAGACCUUAUAAAAACAUUAGAAUCAAGCACACAUAUAUACUUGAAGAUCCCUUUGAAGAUCCCACACAACUAGCUGACAUGAUACCAGAUGCUUCCCCGGAAGGAAAACCCAAGGAAGAGGUCGAAGUUGACGUGCGUCUUGAAGAUGAUUGGGUUCCAAUGGAUGAACAACUUGGUGCUCAUGAACUGGAGGAGAUUAUCCGUGCGAAAGCUGCCCAUUCUAGUGCUGUUGUACUUGAAAGCAUAGGAGAUAUCCCAGAGGCCGAGGUCAAGCCUCCUGAAAAUGUGCUGUUUGUCUGCAAACUGAAUCCUGUGACUGAGGACGAGGAUCUGCAUACCAUUUUCUCACGCUUUGGAACUGUCAUAUCGGCUGAUGUAAUCCGGGACUUCAAAACAGGUGACAGUUUGUGCUACGCAUUUAUAGAGUUUGAGGAGAAGGCGGCAUGCGAACAAGCAUAUAAUAAGAUGGACAAUGCUCUGAUAGAUGAUAGAAGAAUACAUGUGGACUUCAGUCAGAGUGUGUCCAAACUUUGGUCACAGUUCCGGCAGAAAGACUCACAAAAGGGUAAAGGGAACGGAUGUUUCAAAUGUGGGUCGACGGAUCAUGUAGCCAAGGACUGUGUGGGUGGUGGUAAUCAGGCUUCAAAGUUCAUCGUAAAAGAUCAAAACAGACAGCACGGAGGAGGUGAAGGCUAUGAUAUGGUGUUUGAGGGAGAUAUAGCUGAAAGGCCCAAGAGGGAGAAGAGUCACGACAAGGACAAGAUUCGAAGGAGAAGUCCUCAUGGCUAUGGUGAAGGAAAAAGACAAGACAGAGAUGAAGGGAGAAGUCCUGGUGGCUAUGAUGAAGGCAAAAGACGAGACAAAGAUGAAGGGAGAAGUGGUCGUGUCUAUGGUGAAGGCAAAAGAAGAGAUAGAGAUGAAGGUGACACGGAGGACAAGGCAGCUAGUAAGUACGAUGGUAGAAGAGAUGAUAGGGAAGAUGUAAGAGAGAGGGACAGAAGGUAUGAUGAUGGUGUGAGUAGGGAGAAGAAACAGAGGGAAAGAAAUGAAAGAGAGAGUAGGGAAGAUGAAGAGAGAAGAAGAAGGAGACGCCAUGAAGAGAUGAGGGACGAUCGUUGGAGUGACAAGGGGAGGAGAAGAGAGAGAAGGGAUAGGUGAAAGGCAAUUGGGGCAUAUUCUCAUAAGCUAGCUUUGGAUUCCAUUGAAGUGAAUGCUUUACAAAACUUUUGGCAGACAUGUUUGGAUCUUUCUUUCCUUUUUCUGAUUAAUCAAACUUGCUCUUGAGUGUUUUGAGCAAUUCGAACAUAGCAGCGAGGGGGAAGGUUUUCUUUGUUUUUCAUUGACAUGAGCGCAACGCUUAAGAGACUA